AUGAUUGCAUUCAUUUGUAAGUACGCUCACUUACUGACGAUCGUUGUGCUGAUUCUACUAGAUCCGACCUAUGUGACUGCUUACAUUUCCGUCAACUACGAGAUCGUACUCAUCUACAUCGUUUCGGCACUCACCCUACUGUACUGCCUCGUCUCCGUUGUCAUGUACUUCUUGCUUGCCAAACGUGGUGAUGAGACACCUCUCACCAACUGCUCACUGUCGGAGGUGAUCUUUUCUACGGCAGGAAUUAUGGGAUGGCUGAUCAUCAUCGGUAUUGGUGGCACAAUAUCUCAGAGAACCAUCAUUGAGACCGGAGAGCGGUUCGGAUGGAUUGGAGCUUUGGCAGGAAUUAUCGUUGCGUGUUUCCUUGGCAUCGCCGCGCUCUUCACGAUGAACGUCAUCAACGACAAGAUUCUAGCUACUGGACGAAUGAGGAAGUAUGAGAAAGGUUAUCCUCACUAA